GUCGCCGCUCGCUGCGAUAAUGGUCGCCUCUGACCUGAGCCGCGCGGCCUUGGCAACGGCGUUCCGCCAGAGAACUUUGCGGGAAGCCGCCCGCCGCCCCGCGCUUUUCCCGCCAGUGAUGGCGAUAAGCAGGCCCGAGUCCCAGUCAGGUGGAGUCGCGGCCGAGCCAGCAUGAGGAGGCGCCCCAAAAGGGGCGGCUUUUCUCAGCCAUUCUGGUCGCCGCUGCUCGUAGCCCGAAACUCCCAGGCAGGGGAUCCGUGGUAUUGACCCGGAGAGCCUUGGAUGGGUCACCGCAGGCAGUAUCUCUGCCGUGUUCCACUACAUAAGAAAUAAAAUAUAAUGUCAACUGUAAAAAUUGAAUUAGAAGGCUCCAUUCGAAAUCAAGUGACCAAGGAGAUUACUGAAGAGGAUGCAGGAACACGUACUAAAACUGAGCUAACCAAGGAAUCUGUAGUUACUCUUGAUGAUGGUGUUGAGAAAGAAGAUUCUGAUUCAGAUUCAUGGACGAGCAAGAUGAAAAAAAAGGUAUCUCCAUGUGUGAUGUCUUUUGGAUUCAGAUUUUUUGGUGUGGUGCUUAUUUUUGUGGAUGUUUCACUUGUGAUUCUUUCUCUGGUGAUUGAUGAACCACGCGAUUCUGUUGAAUACAUGAUUGGAAACCUCUCUUUGAGUAUAUCAUUAUUUUUCUUCAUAGAUGUAAUCCUGCGAGUGUUUAUUGAAGGAUUCAAAAACUACUUCAAAUCCAAAUUAAACAUUCUAGAUAGCAUCAUUGUUGUGGGUACAUUGUUGGUUGAUAUUUUAUAUAUUUCCUCUGACUUGGCUGGAAUAACUCUGCUUCCAAGAGCAGUUGCCAUUCUUCGAAUAUUGAGGGUUAUAAUUCUGGUAAGAAUUUUUCGAUUGGCUGCUGAGGCAGAACGACUUGAAAAAGUGACUCGGAGGUUGGUCUCAGAAAAUAAAAGGCGUUACACAAGAGGUGGCUUUGACUUGGAUCUCACUUAUGUCACUGCUCGUGUUAUAGCAAUGUCGUUUCCAUCUUCUGGGCAGCAGGCUUUCUACAGGAAUCCUAUAUGGGAAGUUGCAAAGUUCUUGGACACAAAACAUGAAGACCACUACAAAGUCUACAAUCUUUGUAGUGAGCAAGGCUAUGACCCAGAGAUUUUCCAUUAUAGAGUGGAGCGGAUGUUUAUUGAUGACCACAGUGUUCCCACUUUGGCGGAGACACUCAUAUUCACUGCCAAUGUGAGGCAAUGGAUGGAACAGGACAACCGCAAUGUUAUAGCAAUACACUGUAAAGGUGGGAAAGGUAGGACUGGAACUAUGAUUUGCAUCUGGCUUAUUGACACCGGCCUGUUUAAGACUGCGCAGGAAAGUUUGGAGUACUUUGGUAAAAGAAGAACUGACGAAACUGCCAGCACCAAGUUUCAGGGUGUUGAAACUCCAUCACAGAGUAGAUAUGUAGAAUAUUAUGAAAUCUUGAAAUCAGAAUACAACCUGAUCCUCCCACCAGAGAAGCUUUUCAGAAUCAAAUGCAUAAAACUCUAUGCUAUCCAAGGAGUUGGUAAGGGCAAUGGAACUGAUUUCAGAAUAAAGAUAAUCAUGAAGAAGGAUGUAGUAUUUCAGUGCAUUUGUGCAACACUAAUGAACUGCAAGUUGUUCCUUGAUCAUGAAAAUGACUUGAUAGUAAUUGGUUUGAAGAACUGUCCUGUCAUCAGAAAUGAUGUGAAAGUCAGAUUUGAAGCUACUUCUGAUAUUCCAAAAGGCUAUGAUGGCUGUGCUUUCUUUUUUUGGUUCCAUACAGCUUUUAUACAGGACUAUCAACUUUUCCUCACAAGAAAUGAAAUCGAUAACUUAAACAAACCAAAGAUGUGGAAGAUGUUCAGAGAUAAUUUUGCUGUGGAGUUAAAUUUCACUGACCCAUGACUGAAGCAAGCAGAAACAGACUUAACUGGGAAUUGCAUAAUAAUUUAGUAACCUGGUUUUGCACCUGAUAUGGAAUUGUAUUUUGAGACUACUCCUUCUCAGUGUUCAGAAUCACCUUGAAUGUAAAAAUAAAACUAAUAUCUAGUGCGCUAUCAUGAUUACAACAAUUAAUUUUGCCAUCUGGAUUCUGUAUAAGAAAAUUAAAGGGCCUUCAGUGUAAACUCAGUAGCAAGUUCACAAGUUCUUCAUUAUCUUAUUCUGACCUUUUAAAAAUCUUUUAUCUUUCUAUCCUCCCAAAAUGACUGGGUUAUUGGCCAAUUUCCAAUAGCAGUUUAUGAUUGGGAGUCUGGAGAUGUGGCUUAACUAUAUUGUAAUGGCUUCUGAUGCCAGAUUCAUCAGGUUCAUGUGUGAGCCAUGAUGCCCCAAGAUUGGAGAGCAAAGUUUCUACCUGCUUUUCCUCCCUCUCUGCAUUCCAUUGGCCUUUUACUGAGUUUCUGACCUAGUAUAUUUUUUAUAAUUUUUAUCCCACAUGUGGGAACUCCAAACAUUGUAUGAACAGUUUAGUUUCACAAUUUGCAUUGACUGGGAAGGCCUUUAAAUUCACAAUUCAGUUUCCAGGCAGGAUAGGGGUAUGUGUAUGGAGAAUAUUAUGUUAGGAAAAGUUGCCACUGGAGUUCAUUGUUUUUAAAAUGGCUGGAAUUUAUAAUAUGUAAUGAUGAUGGCUCCUUCACCAUAGAUAAUGCAUGUAAGUGAUUACAUUACCUCCCCAAAUUUUUCCUUAUAAAAAAACCUUUCAUGUUUUCUUUAGCAAGCUAGAAAUUCUACCUGUUGAUCUAGUUACAAUAUAAUAUUUGUUCAUGAAUUCCAGUUUAGCAGCUUUAUAUUAGCUCCACUUUGAUGUUUUGUCAUUUCAUAUAUAUUAUCAAUUCAUGUUUGCAGCACAAUAUCCUGAAGGAAUGAAAUGCUUUCCCUCUAUGCUUCUCCUAGUUUUAAUGUAUGAUUUAUAUAAUUUUAUAAUUUCAUUUAAACUAUGCCGCCCAACAUCGGAAUAGAUAAUGUGAAAAAUAAUUUUUGAUGAUAAAAUUGGUAGCUGGAAGUAUAGGUCAAAUGGUAUAUCAGCAUCAGAAAAAUGUACAGUAUGGAAAUAAUUUUGUGUAAUAUAUAAGGACAGGUUUAACAUCUAAUAUCGACAAAAAUCAUAUGCUGUAUUUUUAUUCUGAAAUAUUGCCAGUCCUUCUAAUCAUCUGUAUGCAAACCUGUCAAGCAACAUUAGAUAUUCUGUUAUACAAUCUAUUGCAGUGUAUGGCAUCCUUGUCAACUUUUAAGAGGUAUGAACUUCAACUAAUAUUCUGGCUGGGGAAUUCUGGGAGUUGAAGUCUGCACAUCUUAAAGCUGCCAAUUUUGAAAAAAGUGAUCUAGUGUUUAAUAAGUUAUUAAUGCUACUUUGAGUUUCCAAAAUUAGCAUGUAAUGCGGAAUUUGCUACUACUGUAUUCCAAGAUGUUUGACACAUCUAAAAUUAGUUUAUAACAUGCAUAUUUGUGAAGGAUAUUGUUAAAUACAUUGAGUUUCAGCUAAAAGCUUGUUCUGUACGCUGAAUUCAGAUGCAGUGUCAGUGAGCCAAAUGCAGACUACAAUAUCACUCCAUUCCAAAGCAUUGUUAUAGAAGUUGAGCCAACUGUUGUCCAUAUCACUACUAAUAAUAUGCUACAACUAAGAAAUAUGAUUAUAGCUAAACACAGCAGAUUAUAUUAAUACCUUUUAAGAGAAAUGUUUAGACGUGUAUAGAUUAUAUGUCAUUAGAGAAUGAAAAAAAAUCUGAUUUCUCUAAUCAACAGAAUGCUGAUUGGUACAAUAGCAUUAUAUUCUGGGAACAUGGAACAUUAUAGAGAAAUAUUGGGUACUAGAUUACAAGUGAUUUUUUAGAAGUCUGUUUAUCUGUAAGGUGCUUUCCAAUGUUCUCUAUUGUGUGAGAAUCAAAUCACCAAUAAGUAGAGUUGUAUACAAAUUAACUAAUGUGGAACAUUAUAAAUACUACUCUGCAAUGCACCUCCUGUUCAGCUUUCCAGAAUAUUAAGAUACUUCUAGUGCACUCACUUAUGUUGCAAACUUAG